AUGUAAUCUAUUAAAAGCAAUAGUAAUUCGAUAUAACCAACCAUAGGAAGAGAUCGAUAUGGAAAAUCUUUAUCAGUUGCAUUACCAAUUUCACCUGUAAAGAAAUUGGAUAUAACUAAUGUGACAUUAAGAAAAUAUGAUCGUUAUACUGGAAAUGCAGAAACUAUAUCAUGGGAAAAACAUUUAUUAUGUGAAAUAAGAGUAAGUUAUUGUUCUAUGGUUUAAGGAUGAGGAUUUAAACUUUAUAAAAGAUUUUUACUUGAAAUAGAAAUCAUACAAAGAUGAAGAAUUUUAUUUUAGAUAUUUAGAUUUAUUAGACAAUAUAUUGAUUCAAUAAGAACAAAAUACUUAGCAGAAGCAAAGGAAGCAUAUACUUGAGCAAAAGAUAUUUGUAAAUAAUUAGUUGCAGAAGAUCUGAUCAAAAGUUAAAGAUUAAAAAGAAUCAUAAAUAAGUGAGUCAAAGAAUUAGAUAGACUUUAGGUACUUUUAUAUAAACAAAGAAUGAAGAUAUUUUGAAAUGGGUAUUAAUAAGUGAUUUAAGAAUAGAAAACUGGAUUAAAAAAGUUAUUUCAUUAAAUGAGAGAUGCAAUUUAACAUAUUCUUGAUGCAGGAGGAGAAAAAUAAUUUUUUAGAUUAGAAGAGUUAAUUAAAUAGAAAUAACACAUUACAGAAGAUUUUUUAAAAGGUCUUACUAAUCGUAAUGUCGAAGAGAUUACUAAUUAUUUGUAAUCAAUUAGAUUGUUUGUGUCAAAAAAAACAGACAAAUUCUAAUAACACAAAUUGGAACAGGGAGAUGAUUUUCAUUUUGAUGAAAAAACUAUAAGAGAAUUAUCUAGAUCUUCUUUGGAAGACGCUGCUUCAUGUUAUUCUGAUAGACUUACUGAGAUUAGAGCACAAUCAAGAAGAGAAAAAUAAAAAGAAGCUGAGAAAAAGAUAGAAAAGUUUUAUGAUUUGAAUUAAUUAAAAAAUAAAUGGAAAACAAAUAAUGUAGAUUAAUUGAAAGGAAGUAUUAGAAGAGUAUUAGUAAAAGAAACAUUAUCUGAAGCAGAACAUAUUCGUGCAAGAGCAUAUCGAUUAGAAUAAGAGAAAAAAGGAAUUUAAAUUUUAAAGAUUGAAUAACCAAAGAAACACAGAUAGACAGCUUAAGAAAGAAUAGAAGAAAGAAAAGAUAGAAAAGAUAAAAGAUCAAUAGUUGAAUAAUAAAAGAAACACACAUUAACUAGAGAAGAAAUGAGGACUGAAUAAUUAAAAUAAGAGUUUUUUAUAAAAUACAAUCGAAAAUCAAGCAUUGGAGAACAAUUUAGUGCAGCUGUAGGUUAUAAUAAUUUAUUUUGA